CGUUUCUGUAUUGCAAAUGAUGUCGUCAGGGCCAUCAACAAGCAGUGUGUUGAUUGGACAUAUGACUGUUGAUGCAUGUUAUGAACAGUGAAAAUGAAAAUAAUAUUCAGUAAAGAUUUGCUAAUUGGUUUCAGUUUUAUUCCAAGAUGAUUGAAUUUUGUACCUUUCGUCGCAUGGUCAUCUUUAUUAUUGGUUUGAUAAUAACUUCACUUAUUGUGCUUACAAUAGAAAGUUUUCUCACCCCUUCCAAUGGAAAAUACCUGCACCAUCCUGGAAGUCGAGAAGAAAACAAAUCCAGUGCACCAUGUUGGCAGAAUGAGGACUAUUUUAUCAAACAGCACUGUGCUCCGUGUUCUGAAUUUGAAAAGGUAAGCAGACAUCUCCCUGCUUGUGUUCCAACAGGCUUUAAGGAAAUGGUUUCGUGCAAGAUAUCGGGUGAUGUAUAUAGAAGCUGUGAUAAAGUUCUGUGGCUAGAAGAAAGAAACUUCUUUAUAUUUGAAAGUUGUAUGGCCUGCUUUGGAAUUAUAGGAGCAAUAAUUGUAUCUUUUCGUCAAAAACAGCUAGAUCAGAGGAUGAUGCAAAGAAUUCAACAACAGAUAUCAGCUGGAGUUUAGGUAUCAUUAUUAAAAGGAUAACUGCUACUUAUUUUGUACUUUAUUUAUAAAUGUAGUAGUUUUGUAAAAAAAAAAAAAAAAAAAAAUGUUUAAAUAUGUAAAGAUAUUUUACACUGCACACAUAAACUUAAAUAACAACUGCCAUGAUAAAAUAUGGAAAGGAUUUGAUAGGACUCUAUAAUAGUAGUCAAUUUUAGCAAUAGUUAUUUUUUCUAUCUCAGCAUAUUGCUAUGUGUUUAAUUUAAAAA